GUGGCUUUCCGCUUAAACCCUAUUCUAGUCCAUUCAUUUCUGAGACCCUUGACCACACACACUGAGAGCUUCUUCAAUGGCGAAAACCCUAGCUCGCUCCACCGCGUCACGCAUCGCCAAACGCUUCUUCACCACCUCCGGAGCCACCGCUCCUUCUCCUUCUUAUCUCCUCUCCCGUCGUUCCACCGCAGCGAUCUCCCAUGCCGUCGGAUUCGUCUCUUCCUUGAAUCGUUUCACAACGGUUCGAACUCGCAUGGACAGGUCCGGUGGAUCGUACUCUCCGCUCAAAUCCGGCUCCAAUUUCAGCGAUAGACCUCCCACUGAGAUGGCGCCGUUGUUUCCUGGAUGCGAUUAUGAGCAUUGGCUGAUUGUAAUGGACAAACCUGGAGGCGAAAACGCCACGAAGCAGCAAAUGAUUGAUUGCUAUGUCCAAACCCUAGCUAAAAUUCUCGGAAGUGAGGAAGAAGCUAAGAAGAAGAUAUACAAUGUGUCGUGUGAAAGGUAUUUUGGAUUUGGCUGUGAGAUCGAUGAGGAGACAUCGAACAAACUCGAAGGACUUCCUGGUGUUCUCUUCAUUCUACCAGACUCUUAUGUUGAUCAAGAAAACAAAGAUUACGGAGCUGAGCUGUUUGAAAAUGGAGAAAUAGUCCAACGUCCUCCAGAGAGACAGAGAAAGAUCACAGAGCUAACGACCCAGAGAAGCUCUGAUAAACCAAAGAACCACGACAGGACCAGAUACGCCCGAAGGAGAGAGAACAUGCGUUGAAGUCAGAAUCAAGAGAACAUGCGCGUUGAAUCUGAUAUCGGACUGUAGAACUUGUUGUCCAAUGUUGGUGUCUGCAAGCAAACAGAGCUUGUUUCUGUUUUCUAGCUUUCCUCAUCUUUGUAGCUUUGAGUUUAUUAGAAUUUGGAUUGGAACUUUCAUUGGCAUAUACAUUAUAUAUAGUUUUUGCCUCAUGAACGAUGUCUCUGUUUCAUGAAAAUAAUUAGUUAAGUAAUCUUACCCAUUAA